UUUAGAGGCGGAUACUUAUAUACUUAUACUCCAACUACCACGAAGGCCUAAGGCCUAAACACCUAUUGGGUACCGUGGGGCUAUAGGGGGAUACAGGGGAAAGGGGGAACGCCAUACGGACUCUGGCGAGGGAACACUGCAUGCAACAUGCACACAUUCUGGCUCCGCCUACGAGAUCCGCCGGGUGGUACCUCCACGUUCGACAGUCAGAGACCAUCUACCAGCUACGGACAAUCACAACAUCCAUAGCCAAGAGAAAAAUUUCUCCUGGGACGGGACUCAAACCCGCACAGCGCACGGCGACUGAUCAGGAGACCGAAUAGUCUACUACUGCG